AUGGCUGACAAAAUAUGUGCAAAAUUCUUAAGCAUUCAACAACGCAACUUGGCGGUCUUGGGCUUUAAUUUGAAGGCUGCGCAACGUCAAUACCUAGUGGAUAAACCGCUAAAGCUUCUCUUUGUGCUAAGUUGUAAUUUUUAUUGGACUUACGGUCUAAUAAAUUUUGCCAUCUAUAACAUAGAAAAUUUUGAUGAAAUCACCGGAUCGUUGUCAGUGUUUAAUCAGGAUAUCUUGCUUUUCUUUAAAAUGUUCAUAUUUUUUGCUAAAGGAAGUAAAUUCUUAAAUUUAAUAAACAGGGUGAACAAAUUGGCAGACAAAGCAAAAAAUCAGGAGUACGAUGAGUGGAUGUCAGAAAAUCGUUUAGCAGAACUAAUAGCUAAAGUCUACUCGUAUACUUGCCGCGCAGCAGUUACCUUUUCUGCCACCGUUUCUCUAAUAUAUAGCUUUUAUGAAACUUAUACCUCAGCAGAACUUAAAUUAAAAUUACCUUUAAAAGCCCGUUUUAGUUUGGAUGGAAAAUUAAGUUACUUUGCGUUUAACUAUAUCACUUGUGUGAUACAUCUCAACACAAUGGCAAGUCUGACAGUUGGAUUGGAUAGUUUGUACUUUUGGUUUAUUUAUAAUAUAUCAGCUCAUUUUCGCAUUUUACGUAAAAAAUUGGAAAUCAUGGCAGUAAACCUAAGGACGAACCCACAAUACUCUAUCGAAGACGAUCUUGGUACGAUUAUUGUCUAUCACUUAGAUAUUAUAGGGUUCAUUAAAUCAUUGAAUGAAAUAUUUGGUGAAAUAUUAUGGGCUGAAGUUACAAUGAGCUGCUUGCAGAUGUGUUUUGCCACACAUGCUCUAAUGAGUGAGGUGGACGUAUCAAAUGCCCCGUUUAAUAUUGUGGUCGUGUUUGCGGUCAUGAUACAAUUGGUAAUUUACUGUUUUGGCGGCGAGAAAAUACGAGAAGAGAGCAUAUCGUUGUGCAGUGACGUCUACUUAUUAUUCCCUUGGCAUAAGAUGUCAAUGCAGCAGAAACGUUUGAUGCUUUUACCUUUACUACGUUCGCAAAAGGACGCCUAUCUAAAAGGUUUAUUUUUUCAAAUUGAUCGAAAUCUUUUUGUUUUCAUUUUGAAAACAGCAUUUUCCCUCAGAACUUUAUUUUCAACCUUGUAA